AUGGCCGCCAGGCACUGCCUGUCCUGGGCAGACUUCCAGCCGGAGCUCCUGGGCCUCAUCGUCGGGCGGCUCCCUCUAGCUGACCGCGUUCGGUUUGGAGCAGUCUGCCGCCCGUGGCGCCGCGCUGCUCGGCAGGAGCCCCUGCCCCCUCCACUCCCGUGGCUGAACCUCCCCGACGGCACCUUCAUUAGCGUCCCAGGCGGCGAAAUCCACCGCAUGCCUGUGCCGGAGGACGCUGUCUGCCACGGCUCCGUGGGGAGCUGGCUCUUCCUCGAGCGCUCCAGCGGCGAGUUCUCGCUGGUGAACCCUUUCUCCGGAGACGCUGUGCAGUUCCCUGAGCAAUCUGAUUCCGGUCUGCCGGGACACCCGAUCUCAUUCAAGCUGGUGCUGCUCUCCACCCAGGAGGACCUGUCGCCAGAUUCCCCUUUCGCUGUACUGACCAUUACCAGCUGUUUCGAGGCUGCAAUUUCUUUCUGCCGGCUCCGGGAUGCCAGUGCCACCACAUUCACAGUUCCCGAUCGCGACCGCAUCUGCGAUGUUGGGUUCUUCGAUGGGAAGCUGUAUGCUCUCUCACCCAGCAAGCUCUACGCCAUUGAGCCCGGUUCGAGCUCCAAAGGCGAGCCAACUGCAACAGUCCCGCACAUAGAACGCAUAGUCGACGCCGUCGAUAAUCCGGGGCUCAUUUGCCGGUCCAUUGCCGGCGAGAGCCACGUCUGCGUGUACUGGGGCUACCUCGCAGAAUCCAGUGGCAAGGUGCUGCAGGUAAGGCGACUGAUCGGAUGCUUGUCCACCUUGCCGGCUAAUGAGAGGGUGAAGCACAGCCGCACCCUCUCCUUUGAAGUCUUUGAGGCCGACCUGAGCGCCACCGGUUCCGGUGUCAGGUGGAGGAGGGUCGGCGAUCUGGGAGGCCGGGCGCUCUUCGUGAGCAGGCAGUCAUCGAGAUCCCUCCCAGCUUCCGAGUGUGGAGCUCGGGAGGACUGCAUCUACUUCGUGUGCGACUACAACGACGACGACGACACGGCCGAUCCGACCCGCGACUGCGGCGUGUUCGACAUGAGGAGCGCGGUGAUCACGCCUCUGCUGCCGGAUACUGUGGUGGUGCGGCAACGAGGGUGCAAAGGGCGCCCGGCAUGGUUUUCUCCUACAAAAACCAUGUGA